AUGUCGAAUUCGAACGAUGAUAUUAAGGAGACACCUGGCUGCACCGACUUGUCUACUACCGAGACGGGAAAGGCAGAGGUUGAAGAUCACUAUGAAGUUUUCAAAAGGGGUGAAGGCCAGGUUGACUUUCGUACUGUGAGCUGGAUCCGGGCAGGGAUUAUUUUCUUGAAAAUUAUCUUCGCUACCGGUGUACUUUCAAUCCCAUCCCUGAUGUACGAACUCGGGGCCUUUCCCGGCGCCGUGAAUGUCAUCGGAUGGACUCUCCUGAAUACCUACUGCGCCAUUGUACAGGGCAACUUCCGCAACCGCUAUCCCGGCUGCCACUCCAUCGCAGAUAUGGCCCAAGUAGUCGGCGGCCCUAUAGUCAAAGAGCUAGUUGGGUUUCUCUUCACAGUCAGCUACGUGAUUGUGGCUGCAUCUGGCAUUAUCGGUGUAUCGACUGCCCUAAAUGCGCUCUCGCUGCACUCUACAUGCACCGUCUGGUUCAGUUUCAUCGCGACCAUCAUCAUUGCUGGAUGUGCGAGUGUACGCAAGUUUUCGCAUAUUGGCUGGCUGACCUGGGUCGGCUUUGCCAGUGUGUAUAUUGCCGUGUUUAUCAUUGUAAUUGGCGUGGCCACCCGAGAUCGCCCUGCGGCUGCACCACAAACAGGCGAUUAUGACUUUGGAUACCGGGCGAUCGGAAACCCCAGCUUUACGACUGGGAUCACCGCUGCAGCCACGAUCUUUGUGUCGAGCGCCGCAACCUCGGCUUUCCUACCUGUUAUCUCCGAGAUGCGCAAGCCCAAGGACUAUCCGAAAGCCGUCUAUCUCAGUAUGAGCCUCGUAACCGCAUCUUACCUGACAUUCAGUCUGGUGAUCUAUGCGUGGUGCGGAAAAUGGAUCGCAUCUCCAUCCCUCGGCAGCGCUGGAACGACCGUUAAACGCAUCGCAUAUGGAAUUGCCCUACCUGGUCUGAUUAUCAGCGGCUGUUUAUACAUACACGUCGCGGCUAAGUAUCUCUUCGUCCGAAUUCUGCGCAACUCGCGCCAUCUGCAGGUGAACACGAUGGUCCACUGGGGAACCUGGCUUAGCUGCACGAUCGGAAUGGCAGCAAUCUCGUUUAUCUUGGCUUGCGCGAUUCCUAUCUUCAACUACGUGUUGGCUCUGGUGGGUGCAUUGUGUUUUGCGCCGUUGGCUAUUAGUCUUCCUGGAUGGCUAUGGUUGUAUAGUCAUGGUGAAUACUUAAAGGGGAAUUUUUUGCGGAAAGCCAUGUAUGCUGCACAUAUCUUGCUGGUCUUGCUAGGAGCUUUUAUGACUGUGGGAGGAACGUAUGGGGUGAUUGUUCAGAUUAAAGAGGCGUAUGCUGAUGGACAGAUCUCCUCUGCGUUUUCGUGCGUUGACAACAGUGGCUCGACCUGA